AUGGAGGAGGUGUGGAAGGACUACAUGUCCCUACAGCCAUCCCUUAUCAGUAUCACACCCGCCGCCGCCGCCGCCGGCGGCGGCGGCGGCGCACUGUACAACCACCGUCACCACCAGCAUCUGUCGCCUUCUGGUGCUGGUGCCUCCCAUUCACCGCCCUCUUUCUCGUCGCCGCUGCAGCCCCCCACGCCACCUCCGCCCACGACGCUGAGCCUGAGCUCCACCCUCGAGUUCACCUACCUCGGUGGGGCAGGGGCAGGAGGUGGCGGCGGGUCCUCCACCUCCGGCGACGACUCCCGCGACCUGAUGGCCUUCUCCUUCGCGCCGGCCGAUCAGUAUCAGUACCGGUACCAGACCAUCAUGAAGCAGAGCAGCAGCUCCGCCGCCGCCGCUGGAGAUAGCAGGCGGCAGCGGCGCAUGAUCAAGAACCGUGAGUCGGCGGCCAGGUCGCGUGCCCGGAGGCAGGCCUACACCAACGAGCUGGAGCUGGAGCUGGAGCAGCUGCGCCGGGAGAACGAGAUGCUCAUCAAGCGCCACCAGGAGCUCAGUGUUCGUCUGGCCACGUCGUCGUCAGCGCAGGUCCCUGCACACUACAGCUCCACUCUCCACAGAUGCCGCUCCGCACCACCCUGA